CGUCACUGUGGUGCUCUUUGCUUUCAUGCUCUGGCCGCCGUCGCUUCGCCCGUUCUCGCUCCUACACAAUUCUCCAGUCCUUUGUCCACCACCGCCUUCUGCCUUCUCCCUCCUUUCUCGCUGUCGCAUUCAUUUCCCCCCUUUCAAGCUUCCCCAGUCCUUGCGGCUUCCGCAACUCCCUCUACCAAUCGCGCCCAAACCGAGCACGGAGCUGUUCCGAAAGCGCUCCAUCUGGUUCUGCCUAGACUAGCAAAUUCCGACACGGGCAAGUCCUUCCAUCUGUGGAGUAAUAGUCAUUUAAUGUGUGCGCGAGCGCACGUUUCUUUUCUCUUUUUUUUUUUUCGCCUGACCGGUGAUUCGAAUCUACACGUCCCUUCUGCUUGAGGGAAGUCAUGGCAGACGACCCCUUCGACGAGAUAUAUCUCGACCGCAUUGCGGGAGCGGCCGCAAUGACGCACGACGAAAACUACUCCAUCCUCCGCUCCCCGUCCAUGCACAACGACCAGAACAAGGUACACAAAUCGUCAGUGUCGGCUGGCUCACCAAGUGGUGCCAAUGGCCUCAAUCCGCGAUCGUGCGUGACCUGCCGCAAGCGCAAAGUCAAGUGCGACAAGAAGCCAAGAUGUACAAACUGCGUCAAGGCUAAUAUAGAGUGCGUCUACCCUGCACCAGGGCGGGCUCCGCGCAAGCCUCGCAAGACCCCAGAUUCGGAGCUCAUGGAACGGUUGAAAAAGCUCGAGGGCGUCGUGCAAAUGCUGGGCUCUCAGGUGCCGGACGAGGACAAGCGAACCACGUUAAAGGAAAGUGCGGAAGGCGAGAAGGCUGCCGAGCAGCUGUCUCAGGACGAGAAGAUCGCAAAGGCGUGCAAGGAACUAAAAGAACUCAGGAGGCAAAAGUGGGAGCAGGACAAGGACAAGAAGCCGCCGCCGCAGACGGGCCUCGAGAAGAGGUUCGGCCGGCUUGUCGUGGACGAGGGCAGAAGUCGAUAUAUCAACCCCAGCUUCUGGGCAAGCCUCAGCGACGAGGUGGAGAACAUUAAAGAGAUGCUGAACGACAGCGAGGAAGAAGACGACAGGGACUACCCUUCCCCAGAAACGACUCAUUCGUCCUCUAGCCACCAGGGCUUUGUGUUUGGCUUUAGCUCACAAAGCGUCGACAUGAAGGAGCUCCAUCCUCCUCCCGAACACAUACCCAUUUACUGGAGGAUAUUCAGGGAGAACGUCGACCCGCUCGUGAAGAUUAUUCAUGCGCCGUCCAUGGAACCGACAAUUCUUCAAGCGAAAGACGGCCUAGAUAAAAUCCAUCGUGGUCUAGAAUGCCUCAUGUUCGCAAUAUACUACGGGGCCGUGACUUCGAUGUGGGAAGAAGAGUGCAAGGCCUUCUUCUCCGAGGAUAAAUCUGUGCUCCUUACCAGAUAUCGGUUCGGCGUCGAGCAAGCACUUGCUCGAGCGGACUUUCUUCAGACAGAUGAAAUGAUAGUCCUUCAAGCUUUUGUCCUGUUUCUCAUCUGUUUGCGUCGUAACGAUGACGCCCGCGUUAUCUGGACCUUGACAGGUCUUGUCGUCCGCAUGGCGCAAACAUUGGGUUUACAUCGUGAUGGUACUCAUUAUGGUCUGCCACCUUUUCAGAUUGAAAUGCGGCGUAGACUGUGGUGGCAGAUAUGCAUUCUCGAUUCCCGAGCGAGCGAAGACCAUGGCGCCGACCCUACCAUCAUCGAUCAAUUGUUCGAUACGCAAAUGCCGAUCAAUGUGAAUGACGAGGAUCUUGAUCCAAACAUGGCGUCUCUUCCCGAAUCCAAGACUGGUUGUACGCAGAUGACGUUUGGGUUGAUUCGGUUCGAAAUUUCAAAUACGCUUCGAAGACUGCAGUACGUGCCUCCAGGGCCAAGACGGUGCAACAAGUUUUUCUCCGAAUUAAGCGUUGAAAAGAAGGAGCAAUGGGUUCGAGAGCUACACGAGCGGCUCGAGAAUCAAUACUUGAAAGAUACGGACAUGAGUGUGCCACUGUACUGGGUUGUUGCAACUAUAUCUAGACUGAUCAUGUCGAAGCUCUGGCUGAUCAUAUACCAUCCUUUUCAGCGACUAGACGGAGGCUCAAGCCUCCCCCAAGAAGUGAGGGACAAAUUGUUCUCAACUUCGCUCGAAAAUUGCGAGUAUUCCAUCUUGCUCGAGACAGAGGAAAAGACUAAGCGCUGGGGCUGGCUGUUCCGAACAUAUACGCAGUGGCAUGCUAUCGCAUUCAUGCUUUCGGAGUUGACCGUUCGGACGCUUGGGCCUGAGGUAGACCGUGCAUGGAAGGUCAUUGACUACAUGGUGAAAAGACGGUGGGCGGAUGACCAAGUCGAUUCGCAUUCGAACAAGUUAAAGAGCCAUCUGUGGAAACCGCUUAAGAAGCUAAUGGAAAGGGCGAGAAAAGCGCACGAGGAGGCUUUGCAGAAGCAGAACCAAAAGUCCCUCCCUGCCGAAGAGUCAUUGGCAGACCUCGAGCGUACGAGUAGUAUUAUGAACAUGGAUUUGAGCGUGGAUCGCUUGUUCCCAGAGUUGCAAGCGACAAAUGACGAAGGUUUUGAUUUCGCGAACACUACGACGAGGAGCAGUGCCGCUCAGCUACCAUCCACAGGCCUAAUCUCACCCUCCUCUUCUGUCUCCCCCGCGCAAAACUAUGAUCCUACGGUCGCCAAUCUCGUCACAACCAUGCCGACUCCUAUGGCCAGUAGUGGCGCAGCCAUGUCCUCUGCUGGCAACCCUAUCGCUUUUCCCUCAAUGUCCAUAGAGUGGUACAUGAAUGGGAAUCAGACGUCGGGAAACAGCAUCAAUUUUGACACAGACCUGAGCAAUUUCGAAGGGUCCACCGAGAGUCCGCUCCUGCCCGACGGAAGCGUCAAUUGGACUUCUUGGGAUAACCUCGUGGCGCAAUAUGGCAUGGAUGUCAGUGAAAACCAAAACAAUAAUGGACAGCCCUUCCCGAUCGCCAACCCGUUUUCGAGCAUCACGCAAUGGUAUUAACCGUGUGUAGUGCGUUGUUCUCUUCGACAAUUUUUUGAAGAUAGUUUAAUGACUAUGGGCUCUGAUUGGAAAUGUCUACUCUCAUACUUUAAUGACGGUAUAUGUAUUAUUAUAGACGCAGAUCAGGAGAACAAGAGCAUAUGCAUAAUAACAUCCUUAACCAACUAGCAAUUACGACCAGUUCUUCAUUUCUCGCCCUGAGACAUGACAUUCUUGGCUGGAAGACUGUCCAUUUGUCGUGCACAUCAUUCUUCUGAAGGAGUGUUUUUUUUUUUCUUUUUGUAUUGGAAUAGUGACAAGGUGAUGUAAAAAACAUAGAUCAAAGAAGAACUUCGAGAC